AUGUCGCUCAAGCGCCUCACGCCAGAGGUUGCGGAGCUCACGGAUCCCGCCUCACCUUCCCCGCCCCCUGAAGAUCCCGAAUCCCAGUCCCCGUGUCCUAAGCGGCUCCGCCUCGAGGAGCCUGGCCGCGUCUCUGAGGCGGGGUGGCGACUGCCUUCGGUGCCUCGCUUGUCUGAGGUGGAAAAAGAGUGGGACCUGCCGCCCAGGCCCUGCAAGGCGCUGCUUCUUGCAGCUGACGUGAUUUUCGGUAACUCCACAGACGUGUGUGUGGAGGAAUCAGCCAGUGGGAAGCAGAUAAGCAAUCUGGGGGAUUGCGAAGAAAGCAAAUGGGAGAUGAAAAGUGGUUUGCAGCCUCCCGCCUCACAAAAACUUGAUUCCGGUUUGAGGGCUUCCGGAAGGUCGUCUGAACCGGGGCUGUGUGACCAGGAGGCUUUCGGUGUGCCCCACAGUGACGGACCCCGAACUGCGGUUCGUCAGCUUCUGCCCACCGUCUCCAUGGACGACGUGCAAGGAGUUAAAAACAAGCGCGGGAAACAAUGUAUAGUUCAAGGGGCAGACAAUAGUCAGAAAGACGAUAGUUACAGAAAACAGACGGGAAAUCUAUUGUUGCACGUUAGCUUUUACAAGGAAACUGAACCAACAUUUCAUGAAAUUAAGCACAGCUAUAAAGCCGACGGUGUUACGCCAUCAAAUAAAAAAGAAAAUAACGUUUCAGCAUCUAGGCUAAAAAUAUCAAAAUCUCACAACCAGCCCAGCAUGAAAAUUGCCAAACGCAGCUCUUUUCGAGAUAGCAGCACCAUACGUAUCCCUGAGUUUCCAACCGAUGUAAAGAGCAAAAUGUCCCCUGUCUAUUUAAAGAAAUUAGCAAAGAAUAUGAAUGACAAAUAUGAGACAUAUGUUGGGGAUUUCACAAACAUUUACUGCUCCCAAAAUAGAGUGAAUGUUAAGAAGCAAAACGUACUGGGUGACAAAAAAAUUGCGGAUGCAGAAAAUAUUAUUUCUGAGGGUUAUGAAAGUAACCACCAGUCAGUCAGCAACCAAAAUAUUUGUGUGAGGGCAAAAAACUUGACCAGUGUACUGUACUAUAAGCACAGUAGUAUCACGUCUGAUGUAAGGGGCCCUGAUAAAAGUUUUACUGUAAAACUACAAACUGCAAAUUGGGAGGAAGCAGAAACAUGUCCGGACAGUUACCUGCCUACCAGAUUAGGAAAAUCGCAAAGCUGGGACUAUCGUAUAGGACAUAUUUUGAGAAAAAAUAGGAAAAAUAGUCAUAUUAUGCAUAAUUACAAAACUAAAUGUGAAAACAUUAAAAGAACUGGAGACAAAUUGAAGUUGCUACAAUUAUUAGAAAUAGGUGUUUCAGGCAAAGAAGGUUAUUAUAAUGCAAAAGCUGUGACUACACAUGAAGAACAACCAAAGCGUCUCAUCAUAGGAACACUGGGUAGUCAAAAAGCUUUAAUAAAACUUUUUUGGUUAAAUGGUAAAGGAGAAAACAAUAAUGUACUACAGUGGCAAUACUAUGCUACACAAAGAGACUGUUAUUUAAGCAAUGUUUUUGAGAAUUUCAUUACAGAAAGUUUUUAUUUCCAUGAAAGUACUUCAGAAAACGAAGAAGAUAAUAGUAUUUUAGCUUGGCAUAAAAUUUUGAAGUGCCUAAAGCAAACUGAUGGUGUUCAAAAUCUAAUAAUUAGGAAUAUAAAUGUCAAUAGAAAGAAUAAUAUUUUAUACACAUAUUUACAAACCAGUUUUUCAAAAUCUCUACAUAUCAUAUUGAAAAACAACAUAGCUUCUCUGCUCAAUAACUUUGACUCUUUAACUGGAACUGAAAAUGAUUCUAAAUUAGAAGAGAGAUGCAUAUUCAAUUGGAUAAUGUCUUUGAAUUAUCCAAAAAAUAUAGUGGAAAAUCAUAUUAUAUACCUAGCAAGGAGUUUAACUUUUUUAAAACCAUUAGGAAAUAAUAUGAAACCUAUGUUAGAGAAAAUAAAGCUAUUUAAAACUGAACAACUUUUCAAAGUGUCCAAGAAAAAUCCCAUCAAUUUCUUUAGUGUGAUAGCCCAAAAUUUUGUUUUAAUGGACUUUGAUGACAUGGAUGCAAUUUUUUUGACAAAAGAAAUUAGUUACAAGAGUAAGACUUGUCCUGAACAAGUUAUGAAUGUGAAAACUUGGGCUCACUGUAGUACCAAUACUGUGAAAACACAUGUUAAGUCUCUUCCUCACUUCAUACAGAACAACCAUGAACAUAUUAAUGAAAAAAUUUACGAGCUAAAUAUGUACAAUCAAGGUUUAGAUACUAAAAGAAAACAAGAGCAUAAUAAGAUCAGUAGUUUUAAUUUUAAGUGCAUAUUUGAAGAUUUCUUCAAUGUUAGGCCACAAGCCAUACUGACAAGCCACUACACAAAACAUUCUGAACAAACCAAUUCCACGAUUAUAACUCACGUGCGAAAUUUUUGGAGCUUGCUAAGAAGUGAAAUUGAGGCAAAAGAACAUGACUUAAUUUUGAAGGAGGAAGAAAAAGUCACAACUUGUUGUCAAGUUCAUAAAAAUAUUAAGAUUGAAAAAAAAGAGAAAAAUAUUUUUUAUUCAAUGGAUAACAUAUUUUCUGUGCAACCAGUUUUCGCAAUAAAUAAGAAAGUGAAUGUGGAAGAAGCUAAAUAUGUUAAUCAAAAUGAUCUAGCUGACAGAAAUGAAUGUAAGAAUGUUUUGCAAGAAAGGGAGUUAGCUAAUUCAAAUCAUUCUCGUCCAAGGAAUGUCUCUGAGACAGGAUGUGUUAAACACCAAUUUGAAACUGAUCUGAGUGUAAGGAACAAUGAAUGUUUUCAGGACUUAACUGACAAGUGUUUAUCAACAACAGAAACUAUGACUUUAGGCAAAGACUUUGAGAUGAAGAGUCAAUUUGAUUUAGUACUUGAAGAACUUCGUAUGUUCCAUGAAAUCAGUAAAGAACAUGAAAUUCUAAGCACCGCAGAAACAAAUAAUGCAAAAGAAAAUUAUUUUAGAGAAAAUACUGAUGUCAACAUCUUCGAAGAGGUAAAAACGGAAAUAAAAAAGGAUUUGGAAAUGAGUACAGUCAACAAAAUAUGUGCAUCUUCUUUGAUCUGUGAUACUACAGCAAGUCGUAACAUGGGUAAAAGACACCAAUGUUUAUUUAAAUGGGAAACAGUACCCAGAAACAGAACACAGGAAGUUCCUAAUAAAUAUUGCUGUGUAAGAACAUCAGAGGAAGAAUCACUGUAUUCCACUUCUGAGAAAGAUUAUGAAGAACCUUCAACUAAAAGACCUGCUGUUUUCUCUGAUGAAUUUAAGGAAGAAAAACUUAAUUAUUUCAGGAAAGGAGGUAGUAAUUUUUCACAUGGAAUUUCAAGAGUACUACCUCUAAAGACAUGCAGUCGACCGAUCAGAGUUGGUUUGUCAAGAAAAGCUAAGCUUAAACAACUUCAUCCCUACCUAACGUAA